GGGUUCGGUAUAAAUAGUUCAAGAUUCACGCUGAGAUGCAGAGAGUCAAACUGGGAGAGAAACAAGAAUGCUAAGAGGGAGACUGAAGAUGUGGCUGGCAGUAGCAGUGAUGUUUUUUAUCCAUGGAACCCAAUCAGUGCAAGAACCGUUUAAAGAGAAUCCUAAUAUUAAUCCUGAAGUAGACAUGGAUAUUGUUGAAAUGAUCACCUACAGAGGAUACCCAGCUGAGGAGUAUAAUGUUGAGACAAAAGAUGGCUAUAUCCUUACUAUUCAAAGAAUUCCACGUGGGAGAAACAAUGCUAAUGAUAUAGGUCCAAAGCCUGUUGUGUUUCUGCAGCAUGGUUUGCUUACAGAUGCCAGCAACUGGAUUACUAAUAUGCCUGACAAUAGCCUAGGCUUCCUUCUAGCAGAUGCUGGCUAUGAUGUUUGGAUGGGAAAUAGCAGAGGGAAUACCUGGUCUAGACAACAUAAAACCCUUUCCGUGGACCACGAGGAAUUCUGGGCUUUCAGCUAUGAUGAAAUGGCUAAGUAUGACCUUCCAGCAGUGAUACAUUUCAUUGUGCAGAAAACUGGACAAGAGCAACUGUAUUAUGUUGGCCAUUCCCAAGGCACCACUAUAGGUUUUAUAGCCUUUUCAACUAUGCCACAGCUGGCCAGAAGAAUCAAAGUGUUCUUUGCCUUAGCUCCAGUAGCCAGAACCAAAUAUAUUAAAACUCCCCUGUUAAAGCUUGCAUUACUUCCUGAUGUAACUAUCAAGGAGCUUUUUGGCAAGAAAGAAUUCUUACCGAGCACUUUUUUUGGUCAAGUGAUUUCUGUUGCAUUUUGCAGCCAGCCCAGGUUUGUCAAGUUGUGCAGCAAUGCCAUGUUUGUACGCGGGUUUAAUCCAGACAAUUUAAAUUUGAGUCGAGUGGAUGUAUAUACUUCACACUCCCCAGCUGGAACGUCAGUGCAAAAUAUGAUCCAUUGGAAACAGAGUAUUCGAAGUGGGGUACUGAAAGCUUAUGAUGGGGGAAUACUGUAUAACUUGGUGCACUAUAAGCAGAUAAUUCCAUUCAUCUACAAAGUAGCAGAUAUGAAAGUACCAACUGCAAUAUGGAGUGGUGGAAAUGACUGGCUUUCCACUCCUAGAGAAGUUGCCCGUUUACGCCCAGAAAUCAAGAAUCUAAUUUAUGACAAGUUUAUUCCUAGCUGGAACCAUCUGGAUUUUCUCUGGGGUCUUGAUGCUCCUGAGCUCAUGUAUAAGGAGAUGAUCAACUUGAUGAAGAAGAAUCCAUUAUGACAAUAUUAAUGUGGUAUCAAACAUUUGAUUGAUUUCUGUCAAUUUUUAAAAAAUGAAUUACAAAAUGUUUUAGGUGCAACUGUUUAAGUUCUUUGGUUCUGCUGAAUUAUAAUUAUCUUUAACAAAAAUGUGAUAUUGAAACAGCAGCACAAACGUGUCUUGAAGACAGGGUGUUUUGUGAUAUCUUUUAUUGGAUGAACUGUAUGAUUGUGAGCAAGACAAGAUGAGCUUUGGGGCCUUUCUCAAGUCUUCCUCACCUCUCACACACUUCUUGGACCAUCAUGGCUAUGAAAACACUCUCAUCCUAAAGAUAAACAAUGUAUGCAGUAUACAAAAAAGGAAAUCCUUUGGUUUCUGAAGCAUGUGCUAUGCUUUACAGCUAAAAUUUAUCAUGUAUUUCCAAGAUCAUUCCAUGCAAUUGGCAUCUGGUGAGCUCUUUCUGAAUAUUGAGGAUUUCAACAUUUAAUCUGCUUUCAUACUUGAAUUUUUAAAAAAUCUAAUAAAAUUUCUGAAGAUGAGCAA